AUGCACACGCCUGCCCGUCUGGUACUUUCAGAAGCUGGACCGCCAGGACGCGAUGGCCAACCAGGAUUGGAUGCACUGCCUGUGCCAGUGUUUGACUAUCGCAAGAGUGGCUGCAUUCGUUGUGAACCAGGACCGCCCGGUCCACAAGGACCACCUGGGCCAGUUGGACCACCGGGGACCAUCGGACGUCCCGGACCCCCUGGACAAAAUGGUGGGCAGGGUAGAAUUCCGGGACCACCCGGACCACCUGGCGAAAGCGGACCCAGAGGCGUGUAA